CCGCGCUCCUGCCCCUGCUCCUGCUGCCGCGCCAGCGCCUGCCCGCCCGCCGCCAACGCCGCCAGUGUUGAUGUCUCCAAGGAGACCCGGGUGUCCUCCUGGGCUGCCGGUCUCCCGGACAACAGCGCCCAGGGACCGCGCCGCGACCCGUUCUGUGAUUUGGAUUUUGCUGGUCAGGAUGACGUGUGGCCAGGAGACCAGCUGUCCUCCCAGCUCUACAGAAACAAGCAGCUUCAAGAUACCUUGCUGCAGAAGGAAGAGGAACUUGCUAGGUUACAUGAAGAGAAUAACAACCUCCGACAAUACCUGAAUUCAGCUUUGAUUAAGUGCUUGGAAGAGAAGGCCAAGAAACUGCUGUCGGUUACUGGCCAGAGAGACCAUGCCAUCUUCAGAGGUGGCAAGACGAAGGUCAAGGAGAACGAUUGCUUUGCCCCUCCAGAGUCUCCUCCACCGGCAAAAGUCAGGAGAAACCUCUUCAGCGAGUUCACUGCCUGCGAAGAGCCCCCCUGCCCGGCAGUGGACAGCUGGGUGCUACAGACCCUUGGGUUAAAAGACAUCGACACCAUUGAUGAGUCGGUAUCAGCUAACUACAGUGCCCUGGCCACCGAGCUGGGAAAGGACCCGUACUGCCCGCGGCCCAUGGAGGCCAUGGAUUAUGACAGUGCAGAGGACCCAACAGCUCUGUACGGCUGCGAGCCUUUGACCCGCAUCCCCAGCACGGCCAGCCCCUGCAAGGAGGUUACACCUUAUCUCCCCCUUCUCUCCUCAACGCCUUGUGCAUUCUCCUCCGGGCAUGGUGACGUGCCUUUCCCCACCUAUGGAUUGCCCUAUUUCUCCCAGGAUGUGUCACGCAACAAAACCGAAGUGGCCUUUACCACAUCCGUGAGCCCCCACCGCAACGUGAAGACGCACACCUUCCAGCAAGGCCAGGCCUUUGUGCGCCGUGAUGAUGACGGGGGCUGGAAGUUCACAUGGGUGCCUAAGCAGUCCGAGUGACCACACCAGCCACUGGGGAUGGGUUUACAGACACUGAGCCAUUGAAACUAACCUUGCUCGUGCUGGAGAGGGGCUGGGAGAAUGGAAGCACUGUCCCUCCUACGGGCUUUUCUCUUGCUGCACCCCUCAGCUCAUUUCACACACCCCCCUCACGCUCCUGAGUUUGGCCAGAGCGGCUCCAGAUUGCACUGAGAAGUGUAUAAACUCUCUGCCCAGGCUCUGACACACAAACAGGGCCCCCUAGUCUGUUCUUUGCAUCUGCUAACCCAUCACUGCCAUGCAUCCCAGCCCUCCUGCCACACCAACCAUCUCCUGCCGUCUUGGAGCUGCUGGGCAGGAUUGCACCCAGCAUCGCCUGCCUUGGACCCCUGGGAACCACCGCCUCCUGGACCUGAUUGCCCAGAGGUGGGACAGGAAAGGAACGUGGUCUCUGCUAUUGCCCUUUUGUGUCAGAGCUGGUUCGGACCAGGGAUGGAGAAGUGGGGAUAGGCGUACUGGUGCUGGGAGCCUGGAAGUCCCUGUGGCUGCAUAUCUUGCCAAGCACCAAGGGGUCCACUAGCACAUGCUCCAGCCCCUCAUUCUUGUCCCUGCAAUCACUUGCUUGUGAACACGGACGGCACCUUAUGAGCCAGGAGGAACUCAGCCAACCUUGCAGGUUUUCUGCACCAAAUCAGCAACUAGUGUUCCCUGCACUUUGUUUUUUGAAGCUGUUUUCACUGCGGGACCCACAGAGGCAAAACUGCUCCAUCGCUUUCUCGCUGUCUCUGGAAUUACAGGUGGCAGGCUGGGUGCUCGGCUGUUGUCAAGCAAUGUAACUGUACCACUGCCAGCUGAGGGGAUGGCCCGGUAUGUUGCUGGGAGAAAUUACAGCUUGCAGAGAGAGAAAUUCAGAGCCACCUUUGCUAGCACAACAAAUGAAUCCCCUUGCGCUUGCAAUAGUCUCUGUGAUCAUCAGCCAUCAGGCUGGGACCGACUUGCUCCCGGGCGCACUUGUUGGAGGUUUCGGUGUUUUGCUGUUGGAUACUGGACACCUUUGCUCACAAAAGCCACGUUUAGUUUUAUCAGCAGGGCCUGUGGCUCCCUCUGGGCUACCCCAGACACUCAGAGCUGGUUGCACGUGACUUUUUUUUCCUGCUCCAGAAAACAGCGUCUGGAUCCGAAGCAGCAUCAGCCUGAGGUUUCGUUUCCCAGAGACCUCUGCUUCUCGCAAAAGCUAGGCGACUUUCGGCUUUUCUUUUGUCCUCUCCUCUCCGUGGGAAAUGUUUCCUCUGACAUUGGGGACAGUGUCCUCUAGUGGUUGAAGCCAUUACCUGGGACUGAGGAUUUUCUCUAGGCACUUACCUAUCCCCCAGGGGUGUUCCAGGGGUAAAUGCAUUUCUGCCUGUAAAACUGCUUUAAAAUCCUGGGACAGAGGGUGCUAGAGAAGCUGACGGCACUGUUAGCAGUAGUUAGAACAAGAUGAAGUCUGCUGAUACAAAGUAAACUUACAGACAUCCAAUGUUUUGCUUAACCUUUGCUUGCUAAUUGACUUCAGCUCAUCUUUUGGCGUUCAAGUCUUAAUCGAACUGAGAACCAAGGGAUGGACCUGGUGAUUCCUACUCUCCCAAGGAGGUCUAUUUGCAUCUGUGACCACAAUUUGAGGAAAGAUUCUUUAUGAAAGGGUCCUUCCUGUUACUUAUUUUCCUAUAAAGCCUAGGUCUAAUUUUAUUUUACAUAGUUAAGGAUUAAAAUCCAUUUUUUCUACUUUAAGCAUCCUCUUGUGCCUUAGACUCUCAGUAUUGGAGCUUCUGCGUCAGGAGCUAAACUAAUUCUUUGUACAAUAUUUAAAUAAACCGAUCUGUAUUUGUA